AUAUGUCUCAUAUUAUGACUGUAGAAUAAAAUGGCCUUAAUUCACCCAUCUAUCAAUCCAUCCAUCCAUAGAACAGAUUGUCUUGGUCAGGGUUGCAUAUUAAUUACAAACAUUAACAUAAUAACCUCACAAUACCUGCCAGAAAGCAUUAAAUGUCAUUUCAUAGCAUGUUUUACUCAUGUAUGAUGAUGAUUAUACUUUAUUGAUCCCCAUGGGGAAAUUCUCUUUUCACCUGCAUUAGCUUCAUUUGGGAUAAAUUGAAUGUCAGCUUGGCAACAAGUAGCAGCAACCUGCUGUGGCACCCAUGGAACUGGGGUUUGAGGGCCGUGUUCAAGGGCCCUGAGGUGCUGAGGCCAGGGCUCAAACCAGCAACCUUCUGAUCACCAGCAAAAAGGCUUAGCCCACUGAGCCACAUGCUGCCCCCACUCGGGGAAAACAAAGUGGGAUUCAAACCCACAUGUGCAGAGCACACUGGGUUAAGUCGUCUGUCCCAUUAAUCGCCCGGAAAGUUACACAUAAUUUUGCAACACUUUUUGCUGCAAAAAUCUGGUUAUAGAUUUAGGAAAAAUGAACACAGGAUGAAAAUAAAAUAUAGUGACAUUCACAUAAUGUGUAAAUGUUUGAAAUGUAAUGAUGACGUAUGUGAGGAUUAAAAUUCGACGUGAUUAAAUUUGUCCUACAAACAAGGAUUAACAUGCAAAUGUUAAAGAUUUAUUAAAAAAGACCUUUUCUCAUCAGGAAGUCAUCUUUUAUUACAGUACAUACAGUAAAUCCUAAAGUGAAGAGAUCUCUGACCAGUCAGUAUUUUUAUUGUUCUGCUUAAAGGUCUCUCUAGAUAAGCAAGGGGAGCAUAAAGCAGACCUGAUUUAAAAUCUAAAUUACGAAUUAUAACCUAAUUUUUAACCAUGACAUGUAACUCUGAUGCAGAUACGUUGAGAUAAAAUGUAUAUAUUCACGUAAGCAACUGUGAAGUUCUCACAAAAUAAUACAAGAAAUUAAACAACAGGAAACAAAGGCCAUCAGAUGCAAACACUUCCACCAAUGCAAUUUUCAUUUAUAUUAAUCCACAGAAAUAAUACACAUAUUGCAAACAAUGUAACACUGUGCUACAUGUGUCACUGUGCUACAUGUGUCACUGUGCUACAUGUGUCCCAGCCUCUGAAAAUAAAUAUUUAAAAGUUAUCAAUAUACAGGGUAUUCUUUAAAAGCAUUUGCAGAAAUGGAUUUGGACCAAGUGAAAACAGACCUAAAUUUGUGUGUCGUUCUGCUAAUAGAAAACUGAAUGAAUAAAUUGUUCAAUAUAUAAUUUUAAGAUAAGGAUAUAUUUUGCAUGGUACAAAAUUGGGCUGAACCUCAUAAUAGGAUUUAAAUGUCUUCUGAUAAUUCUUAUUGUCCAUGACCGUAUGGCCACUUAUCUUUUAAAGUUGGUUUUAUAAGCAGAUUGGUCUACAGAUUAAAGAUUGACGCUAAAGAUAACUCCGCCGCGUACUUUCAGUUUUGUGUCAUAAAUACAGCAGUAGCAGCUGCAUUCGGCAUUUGAAGCAGGGAGGGACGAUGGACAGCCCUGAUCAGCCCAGCCGGCCGCGCUUCGUGGCACGUAAAGUGCAUGAUCUAAGGAAAAUACUAUGCAAGCUUGGACUGGAGAAAUACUAUCCCAACAAGUUGUCUCUCCAGUGUCUACUGAAGAUCACCAGUGACUCCAGUACAGAUGCAGCGUCAGACUCAGGGAGGGCUCUGCCCAUGCGCUUCCUGAAGCGGCUGAUGAUGCUCAAUGCUGAAUGCCGAAGCAUCGUGGCUCAAACAGAAGACGACGAUGACGACGAUGAUGAUGGGGAAAGCGACACAGUGAAUCCUCUGGACCUCGUCACUGUGCUCUUCCACUGCGCGGACAGCUUCCUUCAGCAGGCAAUGAUGCUAAAGAUGUCAAUGUGUCAGUUUGCCCUGCCCCUUCUACUACCCCCAGGCAGUGGAUCCCAGUGCACGCUGAUGCUCUGGGCCAUGCUGGACAUCCGGAAAGAGUGGCGUCCCCAUUACCUAUUGGACACAAAAGGAUUUGAGGAGGACAGUAUUGUCAAUGUCAGCAUGCCAUUCAUCUCCUUUGUCAGGCUACGUGAAUGCAGCCUGCCCAAGUCCCAGCUUCUCAAUGAGAUCAUGAGCAAAGCUCAGCAAAUGCACAACAUCUUCACACACAUUGACAUGGAGGCUGGAAACGUACAUAGGUACAUCGCUGAUGGUUUGGUUGAAAUUACUUGGUACCUUCCCUGUGGUAACAAAAAUCUUGAUAUCUUCCGAGAACCUCUGACAGUGGCUAAUUUACGAGGAGAUAUUUGUUCCUCAGAAACUCAAUUUGCAUUUCUCACUAAGGUGUCAUCCGCUAUCUUUGUAUUCCUGGAUCAGGCUGAAGAGGCAGAAAUUAAGCUGUUAAGCUCUAUAAAAAAUACUGCAUCCAAGUUUUUCCUGGUUGUUAAGACUGAUAGAGAGACAAAAAGAAUAAAUAAUCCUUCUGUUGAGCAGCUAAUCAGUCAAUUAGACUUGCAAUCAAGUAAUAUAAUAUCAAAAUCUGCAAAGGACAACAAAUCAAGAUUUUCGAAUAAGCUAACUGCUGCUGUCACACACGUAAUGCAGAACUGCAAGGAGAGUAUAACCCUAAGACAGAUUUCAAGUGUGGCUUAUGAUCUAGGCAUUCAGGUUGAUGAAGACCAAACAGAUGCUUCUAGAUCUGGAAAAAUGGCUGCCAAGGAGGUUGAGAAAACAAUUGGUGUUCGAGACGUAGCAGAAUACAAGAAGAAUUUUCUGCCUCUGCAAGGUGAACCGUGGAAGAGAUUAGCACAACUAGAAAAGGAAGAGUGUCGGUUGCUCAACUCAGGAGAUCAACAUUUGGAAACAUACAAGGCUCAGCUACAAGAGCAGAUACAGGACAUAAAAAAUAAACAAGGGAAUUACCAAACAACUAAACCUAUGCUGAGCUUUAUUAAUGCUCUCUCAACCUCAGAUAAACAGGAAAGAGCCUUUUUCCUUAAAUGGUUGAGUCUCAGUCUGGACACUCAUUCCCAAAAAGUAUUAAGCAAACUUCGCUGCCAGCUGAAGGAAGCACGGGAGCAGAAAAUCAACAAGGACUCACUGGCACGGCUUGACCAACAGCUUCUUGACAGUUCUCUGGGCAUUGAGCAUUACUUUAGAGAAAUGGGACAAAUCUAUGAGGCCUUUAAGGGUAGGUCCAAUCAGUUCUCUGAUCUUCCUAAUAUUGCCGCAGAAAUUUUGUUAAAUGGAGUCCCUCUGGAACUUUUGGAUGGAGAUGCAUCUAACAUUCCAGUGGACUGGGUGAGAGAUGUGCUCAUGAAGCUUCACAGUGCAGUGGGUGAGAAAAGUCGCUUGUGGGUGGUGGCAGUGCUUGGGGUGCAGAGUACAGGAAAGUCAACUCUGCUCAAUGCUAUGUUCGGGGUCCAGUUCCCUGUCAGCAGUGGCAGAUGUACCCGUGGGGCAUUUAUGUUGCUUCUUAAAAUCGAGGAGGACCUGCGUGAAGAACUGGGCUGUGAUUUUAUCCUGCUGAUUGACACAGAGGGCCUCAAGUCUUCAGAGAUGUCCCAGCUUGAGGACAGUUAUGAACAUGACAAUCAGCUAGCCACCCUGGUCGUUGGUUUGAGUGACAUUACUAUUAUCAACAUCGCCAUGGAGAACUCAACAGAAAUGAAGGACAUUUUGCAGAUUGUUGUUCAUGCAUUUCUCAGGAUGAAAGAAGUUGGCAAGAAGCCCAGAUGCCAUUUUGUUCAUCAGAAUGUGGCUGGAGUUUCAGCACACAAUAAAACCACUGCAGAAAGACGACAACUCAUGGACCAGCUAGAUGAGAUGGUAAAUAUCGCAGCUAAAAUGGAGAAACAGAGUGAAGUCCUUAAAUUCACAGAUGUAUUAGAUUAUGAUAUGGAGAAGAAUAACUGGUAUAUCCCAGGGCUGUGGCAUGGCACCCCACCAAUGGCCCCAGUCAACACAGGUUACAGUGAAGCUGUGUAUGAAUUCAAGAACCACCUCAUAGAAGAGAUAAAGUCUUGCAAGGCAGAACGACAUCCUUCACAAAUUCCUGAAUUCUUGGAAUGGAUGCGGAGUCUAUGGAAAGCAGUCAAAUAUGAAAACUUCAUUUUCAGCUUCCGAAACACAUUGGUGGCCCACGCCUACGACAACCUGUGCAAGGACUUCAGUCAAUGGGAAUGGGAAUUUGGUAAACAAAUGCUCCAGUGGGUAGCAGGAGCAGAAGUGCAGAUUUCUCAUUUUCUGAUAGAAAAUGCUGAUAAUCUGCAUGAUUUACAGCAAUUUAUCACAAAGAUAAAACAAAAUGCAUUAAGUGAGUUGAAGACAGAGGAACAAAAAAUGACUGAAAAACUAAAGGAAUACUACAAAAGAAAAGACAGGCAUGUCCAUCUAAUUGAAAAGUACAAAGUGGACUUCUUUAAUAGCAUUAGAUGUCUGCAGAAAGAAAUUCAGCAUUCUGUGAAUAACAAACUGGACACAACUGUUGAAUUAGAAAGGAACAUGAUAAAGGUGAGAGACAUUCACAGUCAGCACAUGAAAAUGAUUGAGGAGCAAGUGUCCAGACUCCUGAAAUCGUGUAAAAACACAAAUACCCAAUUGUCAGAUGAGCAGUUGAGCAAAGAGUUUGAAAAGAUGUGGACUAAGACUGUGAAAAAUAUUACAGGUCUGAAGGAGCGAGAUAUUGCUUCUUCUGUGUUCGCAAAGUUACGCAAGAAUUUGGAAAGACGAAACGUCAAUGAGGACUUGCAAAAUGUUACAAGUUUGAUUGACUAUGCUGGUGAGACCUUUGAAGUUAAGAGCAAACAUUUAAAAGGAAAUUGGAUUAAAAAGAAAUUGAAUGAAUUUCUAAAGAAGGAAAUAAAUGCAAAGGCACAAUAUGCUAUAAAUGAGAUCAUUGAAAAUUGCCAAAGGUUUGUUAAAGACCUUGUCAAGAGUCAGAAAGAUUACAGUGACAUGUUCACCAACGAUUUGCUUGAAAAGAUAGACCAUGAUCUUGUGCAUGAAAAGCUCAAAACCAACACAAAGUGUGAAGUUGAUCUAAAACUGCACAUCUGUAGUCAUGCUGCAAGGGAUUUCCUUGAGAUGCACAGGCGAUUCAUUAAAAAUAAAGAUCCUCGUCAACACCUAGAGGAUUCUAAAGCUCGGUACUUAUCAGACUUUUUGGAUCUGUACCUCGAGAAGGAUCAUUGUCAGCGAAAAGUGACAGACUUUGUCAAUUUAUGUCUUAAACCUGCAGUAACAGAUUACAUCAACAGAUCAUUGGGGAUUGACAUUGUGGAUGAAAUCCUGACAAGCAGUCACUCCACCGAGUACAGCUCUCGAUCUUACUUUCAGUUCACCAUUCUGAAGGACCUAUUAGAGAAAGAUGAUUUUCAGAGCUAUGUCAAAUAUAUCCUAAGAUAUGAGAUAUUUGUCAAGGAUUGGAUUUUUAUGCGAAUUAUCAAUGGGCUAUCUACAGAGAGGUCGGCUGGAAAGCUAAAAAACAAGAUUCUUGCUGUGAUUAUGCAGAAGAUCUAUGAGGCCAUAGAAACCUCAAAGGCCAACAGUGAUGGCCAACUUUUACCUAACGACAUGGAAAACACUAGUAUAUUUGUUAAAAAUCUAUGCAGAACUCUUAGCAAGGACAUGCGGAUUCCUAUGGAUAUAGUUGAAGGGGUCUUAUUUCAAAUCAAAUCAAAACCCCUGUCUUUCACAGACAGUCUCUUAGAAGCAGUAAAGGAUCUGGAAAAAGUGCUUAAGACUGAAAAACAUUCCCGAUGUUCUGCAAGGCCUCGCCAUCAAGCCUCAGGAUGAGCUCUUCAAGAGGGUGUUUGGCUGUGGAAAGCAGUGCCCCUUCUGCCUGGUUCCCUGUGAGGCUGGAGGUAAAGAACAUAAUCAGCACUUUGCCUCUGUGCAUCGACCUCAGGCAUUCGGAAGUUGCAGGUGUAUAACUACUGAAAUACUGUGUGAAACAAUCUGCACAACUGAUAUUCACAGCGAGAAUUGCUUCAAGAACUGUGACACUAAUGGAGAGUUUCACC